UCUACCUUACUUAGAAGUGGCUGGCUGCCAUCAGGCACCUCAACUAUCUCUCGGCGUUCAUUCAUUGAUAGCUUCCUUGCCCCCAAUAGACUGUUUUUGGAUUCUGUUACUUCUGCAUAUACAUCAUUUACCAACAGGGAUAUACAAUGGAGUCUGCUCUGCUCCAGCAGACCUCACGGGCGCCUCAGCAUAAGCUGAUGAAUCUACCUACGGAGCUACACCUGCAUAUCGCCAGAUUUCUCACUUAUCCAGAUGCUCUGGCAUUGAAACAUACCUGUCGCCACUUUUACUCCCUCGUUUACACGGGUGUCCACUUGAAGGUUGAUUGGUUUGUCGAGCGCUUCGAACGGAAACUGGAAUGUCCAAUGGAGAAAUGCUCGUUUCGGACGGACGAGGCGUUCUGCAAUAAGAGGAUCCGGGGAAUCAUGGAGCGCAGAAGACGGCACCUUGAGUGCACUCAGUUACCGGGUGGCUGCUUGGUCAUAGAAGGCCGAACUUGUCACAAGGACCCGUUUCCUAUCUGGCUGAAGAAACGAGGCCGCUUGGAGUUGAUGAGAUCUUUGGGGAUGGAAGUCUUGAUCCAUGGCCUGAUCUUUCUCUGCAUCAACUUGCUUUGGAUUUUGGGUGCAAGAUUAUUUCACCAUGAAGUUGUAGUGAUAUAAAGACGUUUUGGUUCGCACGUAUCUACACCAUCUACACCAUCUACACCAUCUACACCACCAUUAUCGCAUGGGCUUGUGCUUGUGCUGCCUACGCAUGCCUGACUUCGCCUUUUGCCGCGCAUUCCCUCGCCCUGUUAGUGAUGGGCUAGAUACGAUCUCUUUUAUCUCAGUAGCAGCGGGCUGCUACUACGUUCUACAAAUUCGUUUUAUGCGGUGUGCUGGGUUUA